UUCCUCCCCCCCCCCACUUCCUUGCUCCCCACUCUUCAGUUCCCCUGUCAGUCUUUAUUUCCACGCCUCUCUCUCCAGCUGUGUGCCACCCAGACCCCCGCUUGAACUGAGGUAGGGGCUCAUCAAUCAGCAGCCUUGGUGCAUCUCGGCCGGUGUCCAGGAUGUGCUGCUGGCUGGCUCUAUGUGUCACGGUCCAGGCAGCUUUGCUCUGGCAGAUAGUGGUUGGAGCAACUUCAGCUCAAUUCUCCCAGCCCUACUAUCACCAGGAGAACGUGAUUGAUCUUCUGGAAGCCCUGAACAUCACCAGAUCGAUAAAGGGAGUGAGCAGAAGCAAAGGUGUUGAGCCAGGGGACCUGGCUUGGAAGUUCCGUAAGCGAGUGCCAAACCUCACACUGCCACGCGACUAUGCCAUCUACUUCCUCACCUCCAUGCAGGGCUCCAUUGGCUUUCACUUUGUGGCAAAACAGAGCAAGAACUCUGAGGGGUCAGUCAUCUCCUUCACCUCUCCCACCACCACCAAGAAGGAUGGGCAUCCGCUUUUGCAGCUCACGUCCAGCACCAGAAGCAACGAGCUGCGGCUGGAUUACCGAACUGUGCACAACAUGGAGCCAGCAUCUGUCGUCUUUCCUGGAGGGACCCCCUUUGGCAAUGGGCAGUGGGGCAGGGUGGCUUUCAAUCUGGAGUCCCAGAGAAUAACACUCCUCAUUGACUGUGAGGAAGACAUUGUAUUUGAGAAGAACAUGGACGAUGAUGCCAUCAGUCUGAUUCUCCCCAUCGAUUUGGAGAUUCACUUCUCCGGCACGGAGGGAGGAGGCAGCAAGUUCACGGGACACUGGCAGACGGCGGAGAUCUCGCCGAGUGGGUUUGUUCACCGCCCGUGGCACUGCGAUAACCUGCCAGAUUCCUUACCUUUGCCUUAUUCUUUGGCUGAGGCGCGUUAUUCUGAUUCAGACGAGGAAUUUCAGUUCAAUGAGGAUGUUUCCACUCAUUCAAUGUCCUUGUCUGAUGUCAGUCAGGAUGGUCAGCAGCAGAAUGAUGCUGAGGCUUCACUGUUGACCCACAAUCUAAAACCCAGAAGCCAAGAGCAGCGACUAGAGAGGUUGGAGGAGAUGGUGACCUCGCUCAGCAGAAUGCUGGACAUGGUCAAAGCUCAGAACUCCGACCUGCUGCUGCGUGUCAAGCACCUUGAGGCGUGCGAAUGCAGGAAGGCCGUGUGCUCGUGGCAGGGAAGGCAGUACGAGGACGGCCAGUCGUGGGUCCAAGACCCCUGCAACACCUGUGCCUGCACCAAGGGGGAGAUACAGUGCUCAAAGCAGAGUGCCAGCCCCUCCUGUCAGAAUCCCUGUGUGAGCAACCCAUGCAAGAAUGGGGGUGUCUGCCAACCUCUCACCUCUGACUCCGCGAUACAACAUUCAGGGUUUACAUGCAACUGCCCAGGGACAUCGACAGGACGCUUGUGUGAAGAUCACUUGGUCCAGGUUUGUACUUUGCCUCGGGUUGAAGGUGGUUGCCACAAUGGACACGGUGCUCCUACACAACGCUGGUUUUACAGCAGCUGCUCGGGUGUGUGUGAAGAGUUUAAUUACAGUGGCUGUGGCGGCAACAGCAACAACUUUGCAACCGGUGAGGAAUGCAGGGAGAGGUGCGAGGUCGGAGCUUGCUGCUACCGACACCCUCAAUUGUCCGACGUCCCGAUUGGUUACGACCACGAGGGCUACGACCGCUAUGGUUAUAACGUAUCCAGCCUGGACCGGAAUGGAAGGAAAGUGGUGGCUUUUAACCCCGUGCGGUCUGGGCCUGCACUAUUUGGUCCAAACGGGCAGAUCUUCAGCGGCCUGAGCGACGGGCGAGAGUUCGACAAGUACGGAUUUGACAGGCAGGGAUACGACCGCGAUGGGUUUUACAGGGACACUGGGUUUAACCUCACUGGCUACAACAAGAAGGGGGAGCACGAUGCGAGGGCAGAGUUUGAUGCAACAGGAUUCAACGCGGACGGUUACAACCGUGCCCAGUUUAACUGCGUUGGGAUCAACCGAGAGGGUUUCAACUAUCUCGGGUUCUCUGCAGCCUACACCUACCACUGUGAAUAUCUGCCAACCUCUCACUGCCAGGCUCUCAACAGAGGUGAGCCGGGGAGAGAGGUGGUCAGCUUCAGGCCUGGCCAGCGGUGUGAGGAUGUCCAGUGCAGCCAGGGCUGUGGCUGUACCUUCCACGGUCACUCCUACCGCUUCGGAGAGUCCUUCGAGUACAGCUGCGAGAUCUGCGUCUGCAGCUACACCGGGGUAAUCGAGUGCAACUGUCGGCACGUCAGCCAGCGCAAGGAGAUCCGCGACAUGAUGGCUGAGGAAAUGAUGGUUUACCAGGCAGCAAUACGCGAUGUCUACUUCAAACAGGGUAUCUGGGAGGAGUUUGCCAAGCUGAAAGCAGAGUACUCGCCACAAGCCAAUGGACUGUCCACCUUCCUGCCCUGGCACCGUUACUUCCUCCGAAUGGUGGAACGAGAACUGCAGAAGAUAUCAUGUGACAUCAGCAUCCCGUAUUUCGAGUGGACCAUUGACGCGGGUUCGAUGGAAAGCUCGACUGCUUGGCAGGGAAACUUCUUUGGGGCUAACGGAGAGCCUGAGACAGACUGCGUGUCCCAUCACCCUUUCCAGCAGGACGGUGAAUGGGUGCCUUGCCUCCGUCGUCACUUCAACUCUUCCAUCAUUCUUCCAGACGCAAUCAACAUUCAGUUGAUAUUAGCAGAACAAGACUUUACCCAGUUUUCCAUUCAAAUGGAAGCCAUCUCAGGGCUCUUCCAUCUCUGGGUGGGUGGCCACAUGGCCUCACCUUUCAGUCCCUAUGAUCCAAUAUUUCUGUCCCAUUAUGCGUUUAUAGAUAAGCUGUGGAGUCACUGGCAAGACCGCAGCCCCACUGGUCUGCCCCGUUAUCCAUGUGAGUUCCGAUACGUGAAGAUGAAGCCGUUUGACAUUGCCCCGGAUGACCUGUUGUUAUCUCAGCAGCAGCUUUGCACGGUGUACGUGCCAGUCACACUCGGUGCCCCUUGCAACUAUACUCACUCCAAUUCUCUCCACCGUGACCAGGAUGGCUAUGAUGGGAAAGGUUUUGAUCAAGAUGCGCAACCAGACACACACAGAGUUUACAAUACUCAUGGGUAUGAUUGGCAGGGCUAUGAUCGCAGCGGCUUCGACCGGGCUGGCUGGGAUUGCAAUGGUUACGGCAGAGACCAUUUCAAUCGGGAUGGUUUUGACAUCGAAGGAUUUGAUGUUUCAGGAUACAAUCGGUAUGGAUUCAAUCGGUCUCUGGUCACAUCAUUUGGAAUGAGGAAAGAUGAGACCUACCUGCCUUACGUUAAGGUGGAAGUUAUCGAGUCAUUCUUUGAUGGUGGCUAUAACACUUACGGAUACAACAAGUUUGGCUUGGAUAAGAAUGGGUUUGACAUGUUUGGUUUCGAUGAGAAGGGGUAUGAUAAAGACAACUGCAAUUAUUUCUUCCGAGGCCCUCAUCACAUGAGAUUCUACUUCUUUGUCCAGCAGCAGCUGUACAUGGCAAACACUGAGCUGCUGCUCAACAUUAAACGUAUCUGCCCCCCAGUAACCCCACUCCCAGAUUGGUGGCUUGUCCACAACUGGGUGACCACUGAUCAGCACGACACGAUCACCCUCAUCCGGCAAAUUGAGCAGAAGUGGGUUUCACAUCAUCCUUUUGACAGCGGAUAUAUCCCCAACAUAUCCUCAGUGAAAGACGAUGGCCUCUGGCUUCCUGUGACCCCCGACCUCAGGUUUUGUUUCGAGCUGCAUUGGUAUUCGGGCUGCCCGAUGGGCACUCAGCCAGUCAGCUGCCCUGACCUGUGCCAGCACACGGAGUGCCCGGGGUUCCCAAACUCGGAGUGCCGGGUCCACCGCUGCGGAGCCUGCUUCAGCGAGUGGUACGAUCGAGCGACAGGCCGCCAUGUCAUGUGUCAGGGUUGUAUAGAUGAAAUGGGCAUGAGUCACGUGGAUGGUUCGAGCUGGCAGUCUGGAUGCCAGCUGUGUAUAUGCCAAGGUGGUGCCGUGUCUUGUUCCAAGCUGCACUGUCCAGACCCUGGGAGCUGCCAGCAUCCAGCCCCGGACCCAAGUCAAUGCUGUUCUUCUUGUGAUGGUUGUAGGUAUAAUGGGCAAACUUUUCAGAACGGAGAUUCGGUCAUCGUUGAUACUUGCACAUCCUGCGUGUGCCUGAAUGGAGAUAUAUCCUGUGCCUCAGUGCAGUGCCCGACCCUCAGCUGUAAGGAUGUUGUGCAGAGACCAGGAUCCUGCUGCCCACAGUGCGCUCAAGGCUGUGCCAAUGGAAGAGCUCAUGGGGAGAGCUGGAAGCCGGAAGCCUGUACACAAUGCUCGUGCGAGGAUGGAAAUGUCCGGUGUAAGGAGGUCACAUGUCUAGAGCUCACUUGCUUAGACCAAUACAAGCCUGCUGGAGAAUGCUGCUCCAUCUGUCAGUCAGGUUGUAAAUAUGAAGAGAAGCAGUAUAUGAAUGGAGAUGUCUUCUCACCAAUUGACAACCCCUGCAUGAACUGUACAUGUGUGAGCACCUUCGUGAGAUGUGCUUCCGUGCAGUGUCCGCCCUUGGCGUGUUCUCACCCAGUCCAGGAGUCUGAUCAGUGUUGCCCCAGCUGCCCAGGCUGUGAGCUGGAGGGAGCCCUCUUGGAUUCUGGCCAGACAUUCACGUCACCAGACGGCUGUCGGACAUGCUCUUGCACGGAAGGGCAGGUUGUGUGUGAAGAGAAACACUGUGAGAUCACCUGCAGGAACCCAGUCCCACCCCCAUACGGGAACUGCUGUCCCAUCUGUGUUGAUUGUUCCAUCAAUGGACAGAUCUACCUGAAUGGGGAGAGAGUGCCCAAUGGGGAUCCGUGUACAGGUUGUAGCUGUCGGGCUGGAGAUGUUCACUGUGUGCCAGUGACCUGUCAGGCUGUAACCUGCCAGGACCCCAUCCAGGAACCAAAGGAAUGCUGCCCAAGGUGUGUGGAAUGUGAGUACGAGUCUCAGACUUUCUCUGAUGGACAGACCUUCAUACCUCGGUCAAAACCCUGCAUGAGCUGCCGUUGUGAGGCUGGUAAAAUAUCAUGUGACCGAAUGGCCCAGAAUUGUCCACCCGUCCGAUGUAGUCACCCGGCCAAUCUAGUUGGGCAGUGCUGCCCUUCAUGUGACAUGUGUGAGUACGAGAGUGCACUCCUCGGCAAUGGCCAGACGUUCCAGCCACCUUUUGCUGGGCCCUGCAUUCAGUGUACCUGUACAGAUGGAAAUGUACGAUGUCAGGAGGAGGUCUGUCAGUCCCUGACAUGUGCCAACCCAUUCAAAGAUCCAGACCAGUGCUGCCCCACGUGUAAAGUUUGUGUUGUGCAGGGACUGGAGUAUGUAGAUGGAGCAACAUGGAAGCUGGAGGAUGGUCAGUGCACUACCUGUACCUGUGUCAAUGGUGACACCAUCUGCAGACCCAAGCAGUGCCCUGCUGUUAACUGCCUGCACCCUUCUUCAAACAACGGUGAUUGCUGCCUGUCGUGUGACCAGUGCACAUACAACAAAAGACGGUAUAGGAAUGGGCAGAGGUUCAUUGACCCAGACAACCCGUGUCAGGAUUGUCACUGUCAGGCUGGUACAGUGCUCUGUGUCCCAACCGAUUGCCCCACUGUUACUUGCAACAGGCCAGAAAGGAAGACAGGCCAAUGCUGUGCAAAGUGUCCCGACUGUGUAUUUGAGGAUCGAGUGUUAGUGGAUGGUCAACGGUUCCCAAAUCCCGAAGAUCCUUGCCAGGAAUGUGCCUGCUUGAAUGGCCAGGUGAUCUGUAAGGAGAGAGAUUGUAUCAGCGCCCUCUGCUCCUAUCCACUGUCUGGCAGCUGCUGUCAGAACAACUGCAACGGUUGUCAAUAUGCUGGUAAGGAGUAUCCCAAUGGAGCUGAUUUUCUGCACCCAACUAACAAGUGCAAGGAGUGCCAUUGCAUAAAUGGGAACGUGCAGUGCCUGUCGAGGAGGUGUCCUCCUUUGUUGUGCAAUGACCCAUUCCUCCUGCCAGGAAGCUGUUGCCUUCAAUGUCCAGCUCCACCGGCUGAAUGCCAGUACACUGGCAUUCUUUACAUACACACGCAGCAUUUCUACGACCCAUUGGACAAGUGCCGCUCCUGUAUGUGCAACAAUGGCACGGUCACGUGUCAGAGGAAGCCAUGCGCCCCCCUGCAGUGCUCGCACCCCAUCCUGCAGGAUUGCUGCCGCACGUGCGACGGCUGUCUGCUGGGUGGAAAGGAAUUUGCAAAUGGAGAACAAUUUGCCGAUGUGUCAGAUGGCUGCAACGUUUGUGAGUGCAGAGAGGGCAGUGUGCUGUGUGAGAAGAGACCCUGUCCCGUACUGGAUUGUCCCUUUCCCAUACAGGACCGCUGCUGCAAGGCCUGCGAUGGUUGUAAUUACAUGGGGGUGGACUAUCUCAAUGGCCAGGAGUUUCCUGGGCCCUUGGAUCCCUGUGCCCGCUGUGAGUGUAUGAACGGAUUUGUCAGCUGUUCAAGGAGACCAUGUUACAACCCAGGUUGCAGCCAUCCCAUCAACCUCCCCACUCAGUGCUGCCCUGUGUGUGAAGGCUGUUACUAUGUUGGUGUUGGUAUCAGCAAUGGAGAGACAUUCGCAGACCCAAGUGACUUGUGUUCUCAGUGUACCUGCCGGAUGGGCUCUGUGCAGUGUGUGAAGAAGCUGUGUGCUCCAGCACCCUGCCCCCACCCAAUUACCGGACCCUGUGAUUGUCCCCAGUGUGACGGUUGUCAUUUCCAAGGUGAAGAUUAUGCAGAAGGAGCGACAUUCCCUGCCCCCAAAGGGAGAUGUGAGGAGUGUCAAUGCUGGAAGGGGCAAGUGAUCUGUGACACCAAGCAGUGCAAGAAGGUGCCGUGCCGCCAUCCUGCAAUCAAUCACUGCGGCUGUCCAGUGUGUGCGGGUUGUCAGUACAAAGAGAGAGACUGUAAAAAUGGUGAAAGAUUCCCAGACCCAAGCAACAAGUGCAACCACUGUCUCUGUGUGAAUGGAGCGGUCAGCUGUGAGCCUGUGUCCUGCCCAUCCGUGCCAUGCGAGAACCCAGUGACUCCUCACGACGAAUGCUGCCCACAGUGUACAGGGAUUUGCCGCUACCAAGGCAGAGUGUAUGAGAAUGGAGCCACCUUCAACUCGCCCUCAGAGAAAUGCUCAAAGUGCAAUUGUCUGGCGGAGGUGGUGAGCUGCUGGCAGAAGCCUUGUUCCGAGCAGUGCACCCAUCCAGUGGCCAGCACCAGCUGUUGUCCCGUCUGCAACCGCUGUUCCUUUGAGGGCUUGGAAUACAAGAACCGCGACGCCUUCUUUCUUCCGUCUGACCCCUGUAAACGCUGCAGCUGCCGCAAUGGGAACGUGUUGUGUGUGGAGGUUGUGUGCCCUCAGGUGACCUGUCCAGAAGCGAUCACUAAACCAGGCCAGUGUUGUCCAGAGUGCCCAGUCUGCACCCACCAAGGAAGACAUUAUGCAGAAGGAUCACAUUGGAUUUCAGCCACUAAUCCCUGCCACAAGUGUGUGUGUACACGAGGCAAAGUGACAUGUUUGGAGCCAGAAUGCGAGAUCACUUGCCAAUAUCCCACGCAGAUCCCUGCCCAGUGCUGUCCCGUUUGUCACGACUGUUACUUUGAAGAGAAUAUCUACAGACACCGGGAAUCUUUCAAACCGGACUCUUGCAGAGACUGUUCAUGCAGCGGUGGAAAUGUUCAUUGUUUGACCAUUGAGUGUCCAAUGCUGAGCUGUGGGCAGCAGGUAACUCGGGAAGGAUCUUGCUGCUCAGAGUGUCGAGGCUGUGUGUACCACGGGAAGGAAUAUCAGGAAGGAGCGACGUGGUUCGAUCCUUUGGUUCCCUGUGUGACGUGUAUGUGUGCGGGCGGAGUCACAACCUGCUCGGAAAUUCAUUGCGUCACUCCGUGCAAUAACGUUAUUCAUGUAACCGGGGAAUGUUGUCCUCUCUGCGCAGAUUGUAUUUACGAACACCAAGUGUACAGCGCAGGCGAGAGUUUCCAUCCCAACAACAAUCCCUGUGAGAUCUGCACUUGUGAGGUGAUGGUGGAUGGAGAGCAGCAUCUCCGCUGCUAUCAACGUCAGUGUCCCAGCCUGGUGGACUGUCCAAGGGAUUUGAUCCUUGCCGCAGAUCCGUCUCACUGCUGCCCUAGCUGUGCCCAGCCACUGAGUAACUGCACGACAGCCCUGGGAGGGAGCGAACUCCUUGCCACUGAUGACCCCUGUUACACCUGCCAGUGCAAGGAUUUAACUUGGAUCUGCGUCCAUCAGAGUUGUCUCCCGCUCAGCUGCCCGAUCUCUGAGCAGUUUACCCCAGCAGGGGCCUGCUGCCCAAUCUGUGAUGAAUGUGUGAUCGAGGGUGAAAAUCAGCGAGUUUCUGAUGGUCAAACCUGGACUGACUCCAUUGAUGAAUGCAUCACAUGCUCCUGCAAUCUCGGGCAUGUUGAGUGCCACAUUGAGGAAUGUCUCUCCGUCAUCUGCCAUGACGGCCUUAUCAAAGUCCGAUCACUGGGAAGAUGCUGCUAUGAGUGCCAAGAUCCCAGGAUUUCCUGCAGCUACCAGGGAAACUCGUAUCAAUCAAACCAACACUGGGAAGUGAAUGAAUGUACAACCUGUACCUGUGUCUCUGGGGAGGUCCACUGUCAGACCGAGCAGUGUCCACAGCUCACCUGUUCAUCGGAUGAGAGCCCUGUACUGAUCCCAGGAAUGUGUUGCCCUCACUGCAUUCCACGGCCCGCCACCUGUAUGGUCUUUGGAGACCCUCACUACCUCACCUUUGAUGGGAAGAUGAUCCAUUUCCAAGGAGCGUGCAGCUACAUUCUGGUUGAGGACUGCGAGGGAGGAGACUUCAGUGUCCGCGUGACCAAUGAUGAUCGAGGUCGGAAAGGGGUAUCAUGGACUAACGAAGUAACGAUGCUGAUUGGAGACCUGAUUAUCCAACUUCUCCAGGACUGGGUUGUGAUGGUGGACAGCCACAGUGUAUCGCUACCUUUUCUCAAGGAGCCAUACAUCUACAUCGAGAGAAGAACCAACAAUAUCUUACUCAACACCAACAUCGGUGUGAAGGUCCUGUGGAAUGGGAAAUCUCACCUGGAAGUGAGCUUGCCCGGAACCUACAAGGGUCAGGCAUGUGGUCUGUGUGGGAACUUCAACAACUACCCCCAGGACGACAUGCGGAUCCGCAGCGGCCAAAUCGUUAGCUCAGAAGCAACGUUUGGGAACAGCUGGAAGGUCCACAGUGAAAAUGAGAGCAGCCCACAUUGUGCAGACGCUGAGGACAUUGACCCCUGUAAACGGGCAGGUUACCGGGCUCGCAAAGAGGCCAACGCCAAGUGCAAGAUCCUGAAGUCCAAGACCUUUGAGCGUUGUCACGGGGUGAUGCCACCCGAGAUGUUCUUUGGCUCCUGCGUGUACGACCUGUGCGCCUGUGGUUCGAAUAUUGACGAUUGCUUGUGCGAUGCGCUGGAGGCCUACGUGUCGCAAUGUCGAGAGGCUGCAGUUGUCCUACACUGGCGAUCACCAACACUCUGCGCGGUUGGCUGUCCAUCUGAUCGCGGCUACGUGUUCGAUGAGUGUGGCCCCCCGUGCCCAAAGACGUGUUUUAACAAAGAUGUUCCGCUGGGAGUGAUUGACGCCCACUGCUUCAAGCCCUGUGUCCCAGGCUGCCAGUGUCCGGCUGGUCUGGUGGAACACGAGUCCCAUUGUAUAUCACCAGACUCCUGUCCCAAAAUCAUCUACGGAAACUUGUGAUUCACACUGUCACAGAGGGACAAGCACACACUGACGCACAUACACUGAAACAUCGAGCACUAUCAAUGCACCCAUGGCCACGUUUUACUGCUGUGAGGAGAAGAGGAGGAAACCCAGCUGAUAUUAAAGUGACAGGCCAAACUAUUAACCUUCAAUGUUGGCCCGUGCACUCAGACAGCAGGACCAGGUACGAGCUUAGAGAGUGUGCACAACUUUUAAAACAGAUGGAUUAGAAAGUCUCAUCCCUCUCUCUGUUCAGCUAGAGUAUGUGUAUUUGCCAUCUGAAGUGCUUUUGUUCAAGUUCUGUCUUCAUGUCACUGUUUCUGAGCUUGUCCGUUCACUAUUAUGUAAAUUAUAUUUUGAUUUUUAUAGUUAUGUGGGUGCGAUAUCCAAUUCGAGGCUGUGAAAAGGAUUCUAGAUUCUUGGGCCUUGUUGUUGAACGUGGUCAUAUUUAUAUUCAAUCUAGACACUCCCAUGGAGAAUACACAGAGAGCAUUCAGAGCACAUCUUCCCACGUACAUUCUAAACUAAUCGCAUUGCUUCACAACCUGACUGUGUCUCUGAAUCAAUUAACAAUUCACCUAAUCCCCAAUUUUUCCAUUUCAUUCUGCAUCGAACUGUUGGUUUCACAAUUCCAUUCCUUUACUCUUCCAAAAAAAGAGUGAGAGCGGGAAAGAGGAGAUCAUUUCCAAUAUUCAUAGUGUUGGCAAUACUCUGUAAUCCCCCACAGGCUCCAGAAUUUUUGAGGAAUUUCCUUACUGAAAAAUGUUGGGAUUGUGUCACCUCCACUGUUGUUCAUCCAAUGGGCAGAUGAGGCCCAGGUUUAAUCUCUCAUCUAAUGAGUAACUCAUCAUGUAGCCAUAUCCCUGGUAUGUCAGCCUAGUUUUUUGCUCCUGGGUGUUGUGGAUGGGACUUGAAUCCAUUGACACCAUUAACGGUGCAUGAUAAUCCUUGAUAUCACUCGAUUGAGCAACAAAUCCACCAUAUCUGUCCCAGACUAAUCUCACAAGCUCUCUUUCAUGGGAGUGUUACAUCCCUGUUCCAAUAUCUUGAAAUGAGCUUCUCCAGGGAUCUGGAGUUAAGAUUUUAAGAAGCGGAAUUUAUUUAAUCUUUGCUCACAUUAUCACUAAGGAUUGUUAAUGUCUAGUAUACACUGCAAUAAAACCACUUUUUUGUUA